CAGUGCCCCUGGCAGCCACCAUCGGGCGUCGAGCACAGCCUACCAGCAUAGGAUGCACAGCAGCUCCCGCUGGGGCAGAUCCCUGCAGCUCUCCCAGGAUGGAUGCUGUGGUGCUUAAAAAGAAAGGCUACAGCCUUGGUGACACCCUUGGAGAAGGCUCCUACGGCAAAGUGAAAGCUGCCUACAGCCACCGCCUGAAACGCAAAGUGGCCAUCAAGAUCAUUGACAAGAAGAAAAUUUCUCAGAAUGUCCUGAAAAAAUUUCUCCCCAGGGAAAUGGAGGCUUUGAUGAACCUGCAGCACCCCUCAAUCAUCGAAACUUAUGAGAUUUUUGAGACAUCAGCUGGGAAAGUGUACAUCGUGAUGGAGCUGGGGGAAAAGGGAAGCCUCCUGAACUACCUCACUAGCCAGGGUCCGAUGGACGAGAGCGUCGCUCGCACCAAGUUCCAGCAGCUGGCCUCUGCCAUCAAGCAUUGCCAUGACUUGGACUUUGCCCACAGGGACCUGAAAUGUGACAAUAUCCUUCUCGACAACGAUCUUAACUUCAAGCUGUCAGACUUUGGCUUUUCAAAACCCUUGACUCGGGAUGGAAAUGGGAAAACCAUUCUCAGCAGCACCUUCUGUGAGUCUCUUGCCUACUCAGCCCCUGAACUGCUCGAGCACGUUCCUUGUGACCCCAGGAUUUCUGACAUGUGGAGCCUGGGCAUUAUCCUGUAUGCAAUGCUCUAUGCUUCACAGCCAUUUGAUAGCUCCAAUGUCAAGGAAAUGCUCCAGGUUCAGAAACAACAGAAGAUUCCCUUCAUCAAGUCAAAAAAUAUCUCUGCAGAGUGCAAGAGCCUCAUUGUCCACUUGCUCCACCCUGAUGUGUCUCAGAGGCUGUGCAUAGACAAAGUUUUGAGACAUCCCUGGUUGCAGACUCCAAAACCCAUGCACUGUUCCAGUCCCCGAGCUGCAGGAGGGGAUGAUCCCAAAGUCUGUGAGAAGAAAAGCCUGAGCAAAACCAAACAGCAAAAAAAUGGGAUGGCAAAUCCCAUUGUGUGCAAGUGUAAGGAGUGGAGGAGGAAAUCAAAUCCUCUUAAGGAUAGUUGCCUUUAACAAGGCCACAGAGUUGGCCUAACCUGUGAACUGCACUAGUUUAAACUCACAUUAAAGAGAACCUGUCUAAGAUUCUGUGUCA